AUAUAUGUCCUCUUCCCUCUUCCCAUGUCUUCUACAUACUUCUUCCCACUUUUCAUCAGUAUUCCUUCUGAAAAUCAUCUGAAGAAUAUAAAGUAGUUAUAUGAUCAGGAGAGAUCAAAACUGAUCUAUCAUGAGUUGUAAUGGAUGUCGCGUUCUUCGAAAAGGUUGCAAUGAUAAUUGCAUUCUUAGACAUAGUCUCCAUGGGAUCUGCACCCCUCAAGCUCAAGCCAACGCCACCGUCUUCGUCGCUAAGUUCUUCGGCCGCGCCGGUCUCAUGUCCUUCCUCUCCUCCGUCGCCGAGUCUCAACGGCCUGCUUUAUUUCAGUCUUUAUUGUUCGAAGCCUGUGGUCGGACGGUGAAUCCGGUGAACGGAGCUGUUGGACUGCUAUGGACCGGAAACUGGCACGUGUGCCAGUCAGCGGUGGAAACAGUGCUGAGAGGCGGAAGCAUACGAGCCAUGCCGGAGCUAUUUUCCGUCGGAUCUACGCCCGUGAUGACGGAAAACGACGAUGCAUCAGAAGCUAUCAACUGCAACUUCGAUGUGUCGAGAGUGAGGCCAGAAGAUCUCAACCUUGGAGUUGGAGGUUUAGAUGAUGACAUGAGAUUAAGAAACUCCGGCAGCGGGAGAAAUACUCAUCGGUGGAUGACGGAAAAGCGGAGAGCAGUGUCGCCGUCGGAUGCAUCUGAAACGACGACGUUAGAGAGUGGUUUGGGUUCAGAUUGCAGUGAAACAAAACUUCUGAGACUCUUCUUAUGAAAGAGACAGCUAACCGCUUAUCAGUUCUACAGGCUAAUAUUCCCUCUGAUAAAUUAAAUUUUAUCUUUUUUUGUUUGUUUUUGAUCGGCAAAAGAAAUGAGAACCAAAUAUGAG